AACAUUUAGCUCAGUCCGCGACGAACUCUCAACGCGGGCGGUUGUCAAGUGUACCAAUUGUCUGUCUGCUAGUCGCAGCCAUAUCGAAUUUGUUGAGCUUGCUGCUACGCGCCAAAAGUCCAAAAAGUGAAGAAAACGCAAAGUUGAAGAAACCAAAAAUAAAUAUGUGAGUGAGCCGCGUGUGUGUGUGCAUUUAUUUUUAAGAGAUCCGCUGGCAAAUGUGAAGUGUAAGCGGCAAAAAUAAAAGAAAAGAAGAAAAGCAAAGCGGAAAAUAUAAAUUAUAUCAAAACAAAAAUAAACCAAAAAAAAAAAGAGAGAGAUAGUGAGAGAAGAGAAGAGGACAAGCGAAUUAGCACGCAACAUUUGACGAAAUGGGAGCGACACCGAAAACAGACUUUCCGGCCCACUGGCUGCUGUUUAUCCUGGUGGCCCUGGGCUCCUCCUCCUCCUUUUCUAGAUCCUCUCAAGCGUAUGCCGUUAGUUCUUAUGGCGCCUCCUUCAUCUCGAACCCAUCUAUAUAUGCCUAUAGUGUUGAAAAUCAACCCGAACAGCGGGAAACCAACAACAACAUCAAGUUUGCCGAACAGAAUUCCAAUUCCAAUUUAAAUCGUAAUUACUACUAUACCGAUGAUCCAAGUCCAAUUCCGAAUCCAACUCCAUCGCUGGCCACGCCUCCUGCCACUCAGCCUGCCCCGCAGACGGGUUGCACUCUGGACCGGCUGGCUGUGUACAAGGUUGUCCUGCACACCUACUGGACCCGCGAACUCUUCCCCAAACAUUAUCCGGACUGGCGACCCACCGCCCAGUGGACCAAGACAUUAGGUCGCACCCACAAUGCCAACUAUGCACUGUACCACAUUGGACAGCCGGCGACAUCGGCUGUCAAACAGUUUGCGGAAUCGGGUCGAACGGAUCUGCUGGACAGCAAUGCCGGCGAACAGCAGCAAAUGCAGAUGCAGUUGCAGACGGGGAAAUCCCCAUCAGGUGGAACCAGCAGCAGCAGCAGCACCAACAGUUUCAACACCACAUCCACAUCCUCAUCUACAGCCGCCAGCGGUGGCGGUAAUGGUGGUAGUCCUACCACCGAGCGCAGUGUGUUCGAUGAGUUCAGCAUGCCGGCGAUUCCAUUGGGCGCCGGACGCAGUGAGGCAAAAGUGUUUGUCGACAGCAAUCACAGUCUGGUCUCGCUAAUGACACGCAUUGUUCCCUCGCCGGAUUGGUUCAUCGGUGUGGAUUCGUUCGAGCUCUGCGUGGGUGGCUCUUGGAUCGAUACCGUAACCGUGGAACUGGAUCCUUUGGAUGCGGGCACGGAUAAUGGUUUUACCUUCACGGCACCCAACUGGCCAACAGCACCUCAGGGCGUCAUCUAUCGGAUCACCUCACGUUAUCCUGGCCAUCCGGCGGGUAGCUUUUAUUAUCCAAAGAGCAAGCGUUUGCCGCCCAUCGCCACGUUCCAGUUUAUCAAGCUGAAGGAGUACGAGCUGAGCGAGGUAUUCAACAUUGCCGAGGACGAUCGCAAGUAUGAAACGGUGCAGACCCAAACCCACCUGGAUGCGGAGCACAAUCAUGUGGAGAUGAACAACGAGCUGUCCGCCAGCAUUGAACGAGAGCGACAAACAGAGCAGCAACAGUUGCAGCAAAAUGACGACGAGAGGCAGCGAAUUCGGUCCCAGCUGUUGGCCAAAAUGAAUCCCAUCUAUAGCAGCAACAACAGCCUGCAGCCGGCACCUGGUCAGGUGGUCAGUGUGGUGCCAAAGAACGACAAGCAUGCGAUCCUGCAGAGCAUCGCCAGCAGCUAUCGGCGUGCCACAGAUGCCAGCAAUUUAAACGCCUCCAAUCCGACAGCCUCGCAAUCACCACUAGCGGGUGGCAAGGUCGCUGGUGCUGGCAGUGGGGGUGGGGCUGGAAGUGGUGCCACCCGCAGGCGAAGCAUGGCGCAAAGGCGACGCGACUGCCGCGUUAGCCACUGGUCAGAGUGGACGGCAUGCAGCAAAAGCUGCGGCGUUGGCGAGAUGCACCGCUACCGCAAGGUCAUCAAGCACGGCAAACGGGGCGGACGACAAUGCCCGGCGCUCCAGCAGUCCAAGUGGUGCGGCACCGAGCGCAACUGUCACGGGUCGCAAACUUAUUUUAAUUGGUCUGAUUCCGACACAUGAACGAGCCACUCGGUGGAGGCACUGGCGAUAUAAAUAUAAUUUUAAUUUAAGGCGUAAGAAUUGCUUUUUCUGUGUGAACAAGAAAGACCAGCAAGGCCAUCGGUGGAGUGUGGAUCAUCCCGCAAUGAGAUUUUAAUUUAAAUUUAGAUUAUCAUACGAAAUUGAUUUUAAAGCAGAGCCAGCAAAUGCAGAGAGACAUCAAUGGAAAAAUGAAAUAAAUUAGAGGCGACGAUGGGGAAGACUACUGACAAUAUAAAAACCAAAAAAAAAAAAACACAAAAAGGAUUUAGACACAGGACAAAAACAAAAAAGGAUUGCAGUCAUCCGUCUGGCGGAUGUCGAAUCAAACAUUUUUUCUGAUUAUUUUUACUUUGAUUUAAAUUUAACACUUUUGUUGCUUUAGCUCUAAAUAAUAUGUAAAAAAAAUCAUCAUAAUAUAUAAAAAAAUUCAAAACAGAAAACAGAAAAAAAAGAAAAUUGAACAGAAGUAGACGUACAAAGUUUAGAAAGCAAAUCAAAGUAAACAUGAGAGGCGUGAACAUUUGCAUAACCAAACAAGGAAAAUGGAAACAAAACCAAAUGAAAAACCAAACACAACACACUCGAACCUAUAAGCGUGGAGCCACAGUGUGUUGUUCAGCAACUAAGCUAAUAUUAGAUGUAAACUAAGCUAACUAAUAACUUUAAAUGGAUUGCAAUAAAAGUCAACCCCAAAAAGGAAAA